AUGGAACGUGUACGUCUUGGGGCGCCAACAUUCGAUCAGAGCCUCGAUCAACAUCGAGUAUACCUUGAAGCCAGUCUAUCACCUAAAAAACCUGUUGUGGUGGCCGAUGCUUUGAGUCGCAAGUCGAUGUCCGACUUUCGAGAACUACUAGCUAGGAUAAGCUUGACUCCUGAUGGGAGCUUAGUGCCAAAACUUUGGGUUGAGCCGGAACUUGUUAAGGAUGUAAAGGAAUUACAAGAGUCAGAUGGCUGUUUGAUAGUUAGAGCAGAGCGAGUUCGUUGUGGUGAGUUGCCCAAGUUUGAGUUGAAAGAUAGUGAUAUGUUGUACUUUCGAGACCGACUUUUUGUACCAGCUGAUGUAGAGUUGAGGGAUAGGAUACUUGGAGAUGCUCAUUGUAGUCCACUCUUUGUGCACCCCGAAAGUGACAAGAUGUACCGAGAGCUUUGA